CCUGGCCACUGUGCUUCUGCUUCCACUUCUGCUUGCUCUUUGAGUUCUGCUGAUGUCAAAAGAGCUUUAUAAAUGUGAUGAUUGAUUGAGAUGACAAGACAUCAACAAUGAAGAAGUACAUAAUCAUGGCAGACGCCUAACAAGAGAGACUUGUUAGAUUUUAUUACACACUUUUAAGCCUCUUAGUCCCGCUAAUUCUCCCUGACUGUGGGCUGUGGCUGGCAGGUGUUUACUCUACACAGCAAUGAUGGCUUAAUCCCCAUGUAGGCUAUGUGGUUCCUCAGAAUCGCACCACUCCAGAAGAAUUUGACGGUCUUCCCAGUGAAGGAAUUGGAACUAUGGAGGAGCUACUACUGCCCACUGAACGCGAGGAGACGCGCUCCAACAAUAGCUCAUAUUCUCCAAGAGGAGAAACCAUGUACCAACGUGUCAAUAGAUUUCUCCAUGGGGCUUUUGUUGAUGACUUGAAACAGUGGUUAAGGGGCUACGUGAAGCGCAACGGCUUGCUGACGCUCUCGGUUUUUGCCGUGGUGACGGGCUGUGUCCUGGGGGCUGUGUUAAGAGGGAGCCAUCUCUCUACCCAGGCUAAGAUAUAUUUCUCGUUCCCUGGAGAGCUUCUCAUGAGAAUGCUCAAAAUGCUUAUCCUCCCCCUCAUCACAUCCAGUUUAAUGUCAGGCCUGUCAUCCAUGGAGCCCAAAUCCUGUUGUCGUGUGGGUGUUCUCACUGUGACCUACUACCUGUGGACCACCUUCAUUGCGGUGGUGGUGGGUAUCCUGCUGGUGAUCAUCAUCAAGCCUGGGGUGGGCACUGAGAUGGACAGCAUCAGGCUAGGAGGAGGGCCCGUCAUGACUUCUGCUGAUGCCUUGCUAGAUCUCAUCAGGAAUAUGGUUCCUUCCAAUCUUAUUGAGGCAACAUUUCAGCAGUACAAAACAGAUCUGGUUCCUAUCCUGAAAGUCUCCAGGGUCACAGUGCAGCCCAACUUUGUGUACGCCAUACCUGAUGAAAGUGACCCCAGUGGUCAGACGGUGUCCCUGGAGCUCACUCCACCCCCUGAGAUCCACUACAAGACCAGACCUGGCAACAGCCAACAGAUGAAUGUGCUAGGGAUCGUCAUCUUCUCUGCCACUAUGGGGCUGUUACUGGGGAAAAUGGGCGAAAGAGGAGCACCACUAGUCAACGUGUGUCAGUGCGUCAACGAAUGUGUCAUGAAAAUCACCAACACUGCUGUUUGGUAUUUUCCAUUUGGGAUCAUAUUCCUCGUAGCUGGAAAAAUCCUGGACAUGCAGGACCCAUCUAAUCUUGGGAAGAAGCUGGGCUGGUACACCAUCACUGUUCUGGCCGGGCUGUUUGUUCACGGCCUCAUCCUCCUCCCCUUCUUCUACCUUGUCCUGACUCAGAAAAACCCCUUCACUUAUAUCAGAGGCCUGCUACAAGCCUUGGUCAUAGCACUGGCCACCUCCUCAAGUUCUGCCACUCUACCCAUCACUAUGAAGUGCUUGCUGGAGAACUGCAAUGUGGAUCGGCAGAUAGCACGCUUUGUGCUGCCUGUGGGGGCCACCAUCAACAUGGACGGAACGGCUCUUUAUGAGGCCGUGGCGGCCAUCUUUAUUGCCCAGGUCAACGAUUAUGAGCUGGACUUUGGCCAGCUGGUCACCAUUAGUAUAACAGCUACAGCUGCCAGCAUAGGUGCUGCUGGGAUUCCCCAGGCUGGCCUCGUUACCAUGGUCAUUGUCCUGACAUCAGUGGGUCUGCCGCCUGAUGACAUCACCCUUAUUGUGGCCAUCGACUGGGUGCUGGACCGAUUCCGAACCAUGAUCAACGUGCUUGGAGACGCCCUGGCAGCAGGAAUCAUCGGCCACUUAUGUCGGAAAGACUUUCCUCGCGGUGGUACUUGCAAGUCUCAGCCUUCAUACGGCACACAGAACAAACACAACUUGCACGACAUGCAGAAUGGCAUGCCACUGACCGAGUUGCCUUUGCACAAGCAAGACUGUUGUUAUGAGGUGAUGGAAGACACAGUCAACGAGAGCCCCACUAUAUACUACAAUAUCUGUCAAGUUUAACUCCUGGGAACAAGCUAACCUCAAAUGCUGGACAUUUUUGGAGCGCUUUUCCCCCACCUCUGCCAUGAAACAGUAUUAAACUGCUGUCAUCUACUCCUUUUUUUGUGACUUAACUUUAUGUGACUGAACAUUUUGUUCCACUUUGAUGGUGACACUGCAAGGGUCAAAUCAGUGUUUUCCACAAAUAUUUUUUUAAAUAUAUUUUUUAACAGUGAUGAGUUAGGAAUUGCCCCAUUCUACCACUACCAUCUUAUGUGGUAUUGACUAUGGCUAUUAACUCGGCUCAUCCAACAUCAAGUGGAUUCCCUGGAUGUUUUUAUUUGAUUUAUUAUUGUUCUCUACUGAACUGUUCCUCAUCAUGAUCCAUGAGUUUAUAAUUUCAUCCAUUUUGAACAACUUUAUUGGGAGUUGUAGUCUAUGUGCGUUGUUGAUUUGUUUGACAAGCACAGGAAGUAUUGUAUGGUCAUAUUGUACAUUCUGGGUCAAUUGCAAUGAACUCAUAUUUAACUCAACUAAAUCUUCCUUUUAAUGUACCUAACAUUUAGUGGCAGUUUCAACCAUCUCUAAAUGCAAUAAAGUACAGGGGAAAAUGCUGUAAAAUUCAAAACACCUCCUCUGAUUAUCUUUGUAUAUGAGCCCACUUUAUUAAUAUUCAUAGACUUUCAAAAAACAAAAUGUAGUGUUGCCUUAAAUAAAAUAUUUAAUUUAUCAUCUACAGAGACACCAACCAUUUCGUCUGCCAACACAUAAGAAAACUAACAUACCAUUCCUCCCUUAAUCCUAGCAACAUAUUACUUUAGGAAUAACAUUGUUUCUUCAGAUUAAUUUAUAGUACAUAUUUUGAUAAACAUAUUUCUGAUGUUGAUAUUAAGUGAUUUCUGGUCUAUUUAUAUUUUGCUAUAAAAUGCAACAUCAACAUGGACUUGAGUUCCUUCCCACUGGGCACAAACUGAAUUAAUCAACAUUGUUUCAACAUCAUUUGUCAACAUAUUUAGACAUGGAAUCUCCAUGUAAAAUACAUUUCAUUUGAAAAAAGUCAACGUAAACUGUUUUGAGGGUGAAAUUUCAAUUACAAGAUUAUGUCAUCAUGGGAACCAAUUUUCAACCUUGUAUAGAAUUUGUACCUUUGAACAAUGUCAGAUCGUCAUCGUUAUAUCCACUAUCAGAGAGAAAAAACAAUAGGCUGGGCAGCACCUCCUACUGGAUAGUUGAUCUAUCUACAGCUAUCCAUUUGGUCUCCCAUCCAGGGUUUUAACUAAAACCAGCCCUGCUUAGCAUUGAUAUUGUUUACUGACUACUACCAAUGUGCUAUCUUGAGAAUUAUUUUUGAUACCUCUUUAUAUCUGGUUCUAUCGAAGUCAUACCGAAGGAUUGAUUUAGCAGAGCAAAUUAAAUGUAACCAUACUUUAUAAGUCGAAUAUAAUCAACGAUACUAAACUGAACAAGAAAUAUCAACGCAAAAUGUAAAGUGUAGGUCCCAUGUUUCAUGAGCUGAAAUAAACUAUCCCAGAAAUUGUC